AUGAGUGUUUAUUCAAUUAAAGAACCUGUGAGUGUGGCAACAAUUGUUGAAUCAAUGAAUGUUUCCACUAUAUAUGAACCAAUGAGUGUUGGGAGUCCAUACAGCAAUCCUGUGAGGUCCCCUGGAAUUUGUGACAAGCCAGCAACUCCAGGACCCAUUGCAAAGCCUUCCAGAUACCUCCCAAGGCCACAGCUGAAGAAGAAAACUCAUCUGACUGAUAUAAAUAGCACUUCAAACUGGAUAAUACACAUAGCGGUAGUGGGAACAUCUAGUCUUGCCGCUGUGAGAUAUAAUUCAAUCCAGUUCUACAACAACUUAAGGUUGAUCAAGACAGUACACGAAGACAUGAAACGUAUUGCUUCUACACCAGACAACUGCUAUGCAUUCUCCAAUAAAAUUGGUUCAAUAAGUAUCUACACUCAGGGAGGGGAGUACAGAUGUGAUAUCAAAACAUUGGUCCCAAGGCUAUGUUGUAUUGCAUUUACCAGUAAUGGAGAGUUAGAGGUGGCUGAUAGUACGCGGUCUAUCUCAUUCAUUGAUUACCAGACAGGUAGAGUGUUGAAGAGAACUCUCGGUGGAUUAUUUCAAACUGGUUCCCCCUACAUUGCAGUGAAUGAGAGCAACAAUGUGGUAAUCACUGACUGGUACAAUGAAUGUAUCAUAGUAAUAGACAGAGAGGGGAGAACGCUUAUGCAGUAUGAAUAUGGCUGGUCAGGUGACGCUCAGCUUCGUGUUUGCACUGAUGGUGAUCACAUCAUUGUCGGUGAUAUCACAAACAACAGAGUCAGUCUGAUUAGUCCUUGUGGUGUGUUCCUCAGACACCUUCUCACUAAGGCUGAUGGGUUGCAUGAUCCAAAUGCAGUAGUUAUAGACCACAAAGGACUUCUGCUGGUUGGGGAUGUUAAUGGGAAUCUGUUUGAGGUGAAGUUCAAAGAGUAAACGGAAUAAGAUAAAUCGAUUAACAAUAAUGAUAUGAAACACAAAGAAGAUGUCUAUUUACUAGUGGUCGCUGAUAUGAAACACAAAGAAGAGGUCUAUUUACUAGUGGUCGCUGAUAUGAAACACAAAGAAGAGGUCUAUUUACUAGUGGUCGAUGAUAUGAAACACAAAGAAGAGGUCUAUUUACUAGUGGUAGAUGAUAUGAAACACAAAGAAGAGGUCUAUUUACUCGUGGUCG